GCCACCUGUCAGUGUCCAUCAGUCCUAGCUGUCAGUGCUCAUCCAUGCCACCUGCCAGUGCCCAUCAGUGCCACAUCAAUGCCACAUAUCAGUGCCUAACAGUGCACAUCAAUGCCACAUAUCAGUGCCCAUCUGAGCUGCCUUUCAGUGUCACCCAUCAGUGCCAGUCAGUGCCGCCUAACAGUGCCAGUCAGUGCCGCCUAACAGUGCCAUGCCAGUCAGUGCCGCCUAACAGUGCCACCUAUCAGUGCUGCCUUUCAGUGCCCAUCACUGCAGCCUCAUUAGCGCACAUCAGUGAAGGAGAAAAAUCACUUAUUUACAAAAUUUUAUAA